AUGUCGAAGAAAGUGAUUAUAGCUGUGGUUUCAAUCAUUCUCGUGGUGGGAGUCAUCGCUACCGCUAUUGCUACAGUUUAUCAUAAACGUGGUGAUAAUACCGAUUUGCAUAAAAAAAUUAACAUAAUGUCUAACUUUUGUUUAUAUACUCUGUAUCAAGAAUCUUGUUGGCAAACUCUCAAUUCUGUUAAUAGCACUGAUCCUAAAGAGUUCAUUGCCAAAGCUAUCUUGGCCGCUGAGGAAGCAACCAAUAAGUUUUUCAACUAUUCCGACUCCCUGAGUAUUCAGGUUGAAAACAAUAGCCUCACAAAGAUGGCCUUGGAAGAUUGUAAAGAUAUGAUGAACUAUGCAAUUGAUUCAUUUAAGGCUUCAUACUCCAAUGUUUAUGAUAGUGAAUUGCACAACAUCAAUGUCAGCAUAAAUGAUCUUAGAACUUGGCUAAGUGCUGGUAUAUCAUACCAACAAUCAUGCUUGGAUGGUUUCGAACACAACAACAACAUGAAAGAAAUCAUGCAAAAGGGUAUUAUUGUUGCUAGUGAACUCACAAGAAAUGCUUUGACAAUUGUGACAAAUUUGCAGAAUAUUCUGUCCAAAUUUGACUUCCAGCUUAAUAUUACUAACGCUCGCAAACUUCUUCCUAUUGAAAAGAAUAAUUAUCCUUCAUGGUUCACAGCUAAAGAUCGACAACUUUUGACUAGGAUUGAUAACAGCAACUUGAAGCCAAAUGCUAUUGUGGCUAAAGAUGGCAAUGGCCAAUUCAAUACCAUAAGUGCAGCUUUAGUUGCUGCUCCUAAAAAAUCCAAUGUCCGACAUGUGAUCUAUAUCAAGGCUGGAAUUUAUAAUGAAUACAUCACCGUUGACAAACAAUACACCAAUAUCCUCAUGUAUGGUGACGGCCCAAGGAAAACUAUUGUAACUGGUAGAAAGGGUGUCAAAGAUGGUGGCGGAAUUACCACUUGGCAAACUGCCACUUUCUCUGCUAUUGGAAAUGGGUUCAUUGCCAAAUCCAUGGGAUUCCAAAACACUGCUGGUCCUGAAAAGCACCAGGCUGUGGCUCUUCGCAUUCAAUCAGAUAAGUCAGCCUUCUUUAAUUGUAGGAUUGAUGCCUACCAAGACACCUUGUAUAAUCAAGUAAAUCGCCAAUUUUUUCGCAAUUGUGUUAUUUCUGGAACUAUUGACUUCAUAUUUGGUGACUCCUCCACCGUCAUCCAGAACUCAUUGAUCAUUGUGAGGAGGCCAAUGGAUCAUCAAUUCAACACAGUGACAGCUCAAGGCAAGGACUACAUUGAUGAGAACACUGGUAUCGUGAUCCAAAAUUGCAAGAUUGUCCCUGAGAAUAAACUAUUCAACGAUAGGUUCAAAUUUGCAACAUACUUGGGAAGGCCAUGGAAGAAAUUCUCUACAACUGUUAUCAUGGAGUCUAAAUUGGGAGACUUCAUUAGGCCUGAAGGAUGGAUAAGUUUUGAAGGACCUGACAAAAACAAUUAUGAAGAAACUCUUUACUAUGCUGAGUACAACAACCGUGGCCCCGGUUCUAAUCUUAAUGAAAGGGUUAACUGGAAAGGUUACCACAAGAUCAAUAGGACAACUGCCAUGAAAUUCACUAUUCAAUCCUUCCUUUCGAGCAAAGAAAAUUGGUUACCUUUCGCUGACAUUCCUUUCAAUGCCAUGCUAUGA